AUGCCCACCCUACCCUCGCUCGCAGUCGACCCGGGCGACAUAAACUGGCCGACAUUCGACUCGGCCACAGCGGCCGGUAUCGCCGUGGCCGUUCUCGGCAACGUGCUCAUAUCGCUGGCGUUGAACUUGCAGAAGCUCGCGCAUCGACGGCUGGAGCUGCAGAGGACUACGCCGUCGCCGGAGUCGGGCGCUGCUGAGGAUGGGGAUGGAUCUGUUACGGAGGAGAGUCUGCGAACGCCUACGCCUUUGGAUAUUGCGCCCGACCCGAACCCGUGGUCGAGAAGUCGGUCGUCGCAGUCGCUGCAUAAUCUGCAUACGCCGCCUGUGCGGACGCCGGGCGAGAGUCAGCCAUUACUGCGAGUUACGGAGGCCAGCGAAAAUUCGUACGGGUCUGCUGGAGGGAGUGCACAUGAGAUGCGCACUCAUAGGAAGAGCGGGUCGUGGACGGUGUUCUUGAGGUGGCGCGCAAGAUCGGAGCCACAGCUUGAGCAGGAGGAUACAAAAGAUACGGGGGAGGAAACGGAUAAUUAUCUCAAGUCGAAACUAUGGUGGACUGGAUUUGCUCUGAUGAAUGUUGGGGAGAUCGGUAACUUCAUCUCGUAUGGCUUUGCACCUGCUUCCGUUGUGGCACCUCUCGGAACGUUCGCGCUCGUCGCCAACUGUUUCUUCUCGCCCCUCAUCUUGCACGAGCGGUUUAGGAAACGGGAUCUCUUUGGGGUGGCUGUUGCCAUUAUCGGCGCGGUCACUGUCGUCCUGUCGGUACACGCGUCAGACGCUCGCUUGUCACCCGAGCAGAUACUGGAGGCUAUCUCGCAAACUGUGUUUGAGGCCUUUGCUUGUGUGUACAUCGUCGGUGCCUUCAUACUUGUCAACCUGUCCGCGAGGCCCAUCGGCGACAAAUAUGUACUGAUAGAUGUCGGCUGUUGCGCGUUGUUCGGGGGUUUCACAGUGCUGUCGACCAAGGGCGUCUCGACGCUACUCACGACGCGAGGGCUGCGCAUGUUCAAAUACUGGAUCACAUACCCCAUUCUAGUCGUUCUGGUUGCUACAGGCGUGGGCCAAGUGCGCUAUUUGAAUCGCGCCUUGAUGCGAUUCGACAGUAAAAUCGUCAUACCCGCCCAAUUCGUGCUGUUCAACCUCUCCGCCAUCGUCGGCUCGGCGAUCCUGUACGGCGAUUUCCGGCACACGACGUUUCACCAGCUCUGA